AACCCAGCAAACUCGGUACUCCCUACUGUUGUUGCUCUUAUACCCAUUCAUUCGAUUUGGAUCUCUCUUCCAUGCAAAAGUGAUUGACAAGUUUCUAUCCAAACGUCUAUACCUCUGUUCACAUGGCUACACCAUUUAAACUAUCUGACGAUCCUAGUCAGCGGGACCUUGUAGGAUUUGCAGUCAUGUACACAAUGUCUUUUGCAGUCAUCGCCACCUCGGAACUGAUGCGAAGGUUUUGUGGGGUUCCAAGUCAUAUAACUCGCAAAAUCAUUCAUGUCGGUGCUGGACUAUGCGUCUUGUUUGUCAUAUCGCUGUUUGAUCAUUGGCAAUAUGCAAUCAUACCUCAUACCAGCUUCAUUGUAGUCAAUGCGGCAGUGAGACGUUGGAAAAUACUCAAAAGCAUGGAACCUCCGAACGCGAAAUCGUGGGGCACAGUGUACUUCUGUAUCAGCGUCUCUUCGCUGUUUUUUCUAGUAUGUGCCAAAACAUAUAACGAUGGCUUAAAGUGGACUGUCCCGCAGUAUGUCUACCUGACUGGUAUCAUGGCCAUGACACUCGGCGACGCUUUUGCAGCCAUCAUAGGUGAAAGGUUUGGCAAAAGGAGACACUACGUACCCGUCGAUCAGGAAUCAAACGCGACAUCAUGCAAAACAUAUGAAGGAUCGGCGGCAUGCUUUGUUGCCAUAUUUUUAGGCACAUUGAUGGUUGGUUGGAUCUGCUCUGUUGAUGCAUGGGCAGAUGCUUUUGUUUGCGCCACCGUUGGAACUUUUUUCGAAGCAAUAUCCCCUUGGGGAACCGAUAACCUCACUGUACCAUUCAGUGUCUGUAGCGUAAUGUACGCAGUUAGAAUGUGAACGUGUUUUGCUUGUCCAUAAUACAUGUACUAUUUAAUGUCAAUGUUUGCUCAUUUACAAGGUUCAACAUAGUUUGCGACUUUAUCGUAUACAGAUACUUAUAGCUAAAAAUGUUUCCAAAGCUCAUCUGCUCACUACAAAGAUUCAUAUGGAUAGUUUUUAAAACUUCUUGUAUGGCAAAAAUUUGCCACUCAUGGUGAUCUUAACACGAUCACCAUUCGGGUCAGGUUC